CUAUAUUUAUUCAGCAGUGCCACUUUCUGAGACAGGCUGGCCAUUCUGAGAAAGCAGUGUCUUUGUUUCAGGCUCUGAUUGACUUCACCUUCUUUAAACCUGACAGUGUAAAAGAUCUGCCAACAAGAGGACAGGUGGAAUUCUUUGAACCCUUUUGGGAUAGUGGAGAACCACGAAUCGGAGAAAAAGGAGCAAGAGGCUGGAAAGCAUGGAUGCACCAACAAGAAAAGGGUGGCUGGAUUGCUCUUAAGCCUGAUGAUGAUGAUGAAGAAGAGAUAGAUGAGGAUCAAGACAUAAAGGAUAAAACUCUCCCCAAGUGGCAUAUUUGGUUGGAUAUUGAAUAUUCUCGUGAAGCAAGGCAAUGGUUACCUUGGAGGCCAGACAAAACCAAAAAGGAAACUGAAGAAGAUUGUGAAGAUCCAGAAAGACAGGUAUUAUUUGAUGAUCUUGGACCAUCUUUAAUCCAGCUUUCUAAUCCAGAUCUUCAGUGUCAACUACUGUACUCAUUUUUGCAAUUCCUGGGAGUUCCAUGUACAAGUAAACUCUUUCCUUCCAACCUCUAUAUUGCCAUGGAUGAAAAUAACAUCUUUGACAGCGUCCUUUCUGAUGAAAAGCCACUGACUUCUUUUGAUUUUCCACUUUCUGGAUUCAACAGUAUUGGUCAUAUGGACACGAUGCUACGAGGGAGACAUCACAUAGGCCACUAUAAAGAAGGAGAGGAGUUCAUACAGAAUGUUUUUCAUGUUCUAUUCCUGCUAUUUUCAGGAAAGGAAAAAUCUAACCUGACCAUUUGUUGGUUACAGUAUGAAAUAUCUAAGGUAGUUCAGUGUCUCCAAACAAAAAACAAGAAGAAGCUGAAAGCCCAAGGGAGGAAGAGUAAAAAGUUGGCAAAGAAUCUCCUUAAAGCACCUGACAACCGAAACCACCUUUCUCUCUGGAAACUGUAUGCCUACCUAGAAUGGCUGCUCGGUAACAUCGAUGAUGCCAGGAAGGUAUUUGACACAGCUCUUUGCACGGCAGGGACAGGAGGACUGAAGAGUCCCCAGAUCUGCAGCCUCAGUCUGCUUUAUGCUCAGCUGGAAGUGGAACUACUAGAAAGUCUGGAAGGAGCUGUUAUGUCACGUGCUGUUCAUAUAUUGACCAAAUUGGCUGAAAGUGGACCAUAUGUACCCUAUAGCGGACAAGUGUUAUCUGUGAAUGUCUUGAAAGCUCGUAAAACAUAUGAGCAUGCACUGCAAGAUUAUUUAAGUAAAACACCAUUUUCUGAUCAGGAUCAGGUCAGUGAUACUAAUCAGCUGGUGAACUUGGUAGGUUGUUAUGCACUGUUCCAGUAUUUGACUCUUGGGAUUGAUGCUGCAGUGUUAAUAUAUGCACAGACUUCGGAAAAACUUGGAGCUCCUGGCCCACAGAAAUGUGAAAAUACUGGAGAGAAUUUUGGCAUUCAAAAUUUUCCCGCUGCUCUUGAAGCUGUCACACUGCUGCAUACAAAUUUACUCAGAUUCCACAUGAAAAUUAGCGUUUAUCCUUUGAAUCCUCUGCGAGAGGCACUAACAGAGGCUCUGAAACGGUAUCCUAGCAACCAGUCUCUUUGGAGGUCAUAUAUCCACAUCGAAAGGAAGUCUCACAGUGCUAGCAAAGCACGAAGAUUUUUUGAUGGUGUCACAAGGUCUACUAAUUCUUUAGAGCCGUGGCUGUUUGCAAUCCAAGCAGAGCAGAUGAGAAAAAAACUCAUUGAGAAUAUCCAGAGGGCAGAUGUUGGUGAAAUACAUUCCACUAUUCCUGAAACUGGGUUAACAAAUCGGAUUGUAGCUCUAUUUGAACAUGCAGUUCAGAGUGAAAAUGGUACCCAUUGUCCACUGCUGUGGAGAAUGUAUUUGAACUUUCUGGCUUCACUAGGAAAAAAAGAAAAAAGUAAAGGAUUGUUUUAUAAAGCCCUUCAAAACUGUCCUUGGGCAAAGGUACUCUAUAUGGAUGCAAUAGAGUACUUCCCUGAUCAUCUGCAAGAGACGCUUGAUCUAAUGACUGAAAAAGAAUUGAGAGUGCGGGUGCCUAUGGAAGAGCUGGAGCUACUAUUAGAGGUUUAA